AUGGUUCCAAUCCCAAAGCCUGAAGACUACGAUGUCUCCGUCGUGAACGGAUUCCUCCCGACCGAAGCGCCAGUCGAGCGACUGCCCGAUUCCUAUUACGAGCCAUGGGAGUACAUUAUGAAGAACCUGCAAGGUCUCAUCCUUAGCAAGAGAUUGCAUGAAGUGGUUGAGAAGUUGCCAGUGCUGUCGACAGACCGCCUGGCGGAUGAACCCCAAUGGCGCAGGGCAUAUAGUGUGUUGGCAUUCAUUGCACAUGCUUAUAUCUGGGGUGGUGAACGACCACAUGAGAGAGUCCCAGCUCCGGUUACGAGACCUUUCAUGGAAACAUGCAAGCAUCUCCAAUUGCCACCUGUUGCCACAUAUGCUGGGCUGGUCCUCUGGAACUGGAAGCCCAUUUUCGACUCGGAGCGUGCCGACACUCUUGCCAAUUUGGAUACCAUCGACACCUUUACUGGUUCGCUCGAUGAGAAAUGGUUCUACUUGAUCAGCAUCGCCAUGGAAGUUCGAGCUGGACCUAUGAUCCCGUUGAUGUUGCGAGCCAUUGAAGCUGCUCAGGAUGGCGAUCGGACUACAGUGACCGAAAGCCUCAAGAGCUUUGUCGAGAGCCUUGACGAUAUUGGCUCGUUGCUGGUUCGCAUGUAUGAUCAGUGCGACCCUCAUGUGUUCUAUCAUCGUAUUCGUCCGUUCCUCAACGGUGGCAAGAAUAUGGCCGAAGCUGGACUGCCUAAUGGUGUCAUCUUCGACAACGGAGGGCCAAUGAACAAGCAACGUUACGUCCAGUACGCCGGCGGUAGCAAUGCGCAGUCGAGCAUUAUCCAGUUCUUUGAUAUUGUACUCGGCAUUGAACAUCGCCCGACUGGACAGAAAGGCGGCGCCGAAACAGCUCAACAUGGCGCAAAGAAGCCUUCCAAGCCUGAUGAGAACUUCAUCAAAGAGAUGCGCAAGUACAUGCCGGGACCGCACGCGCGCUUCUUGGAACAAGUCCACCGCGUGGCGAACAUUCGCAGCUUUGUUGAGGAACACUUCUACGACCGCGCACUUGGGCUUGCAUUCGAUUCUUGUUUGGCUAUGCUCAGUGCUUUGAGAGACAAGCACAUGCAGGUCGUCAGUCGCUAUAUCAUUGUUAAGAGCAGACAAGCCAAGGCGAAAGAGGGCGAGCAGAAGCACGACGAGCAGUCGAAGAAGGCCAAUCUUGCUCAUAGGCCUAAGCCCACAUCAACUGAGGGCGGGAAGAAGGAGCCUACUGGCACUGGCGGCACUUCCCUCAUACAGUUCUUGCGUCAAGCGAGAGAUGAGACUGGAGAGCCUGCGGUCGAUGCUUGGACCCGUCGUCUCCUCAACAAGAAGAGCGGUCGUGGUGGCUCGGAGGGCGAAUGUGAGGUCAAGCCAGGCCUUGCGGACGUAUGGAAGGUCGACAUAGGCGGUGGGCUCUGCCUUACUUAG